AUGGAGCAACAAGAAACGUGGGAAGAGUGUCUACUUUUGAUAGAGUUCACUUAUAACAAUAGUUACCAUGCUAGUCUCGAGAUGGCACCGUAUGAAGCAUUGUAUGGAAGAAAAUGUAGGACACCUUUAUGCUGGUAUGAGUCCGGAGAAGCAAUUUUACAUGCAAUCGACUUAGUCCAAAGGCAGAACGAUCAGAUCAAAAUGAUUAAGGAGAAGAUGAAGAUCUCACAAGAUAGACAGAAGAGUUACUAUGAUAAUCGGAGAAAACUGUUAGAAUUUCAAGUGGGAGAUCAUGUGUUCUUGAGAGUCUCACCCAUUACUAGAGUUGCAUAUGAGAUUGCACUAUCUCCAAAUCUGUCUAAAUUGCAUCGAGUUUUCCAUGUAUCUCAACUCAGGAAAUACAUUCCAGAUCCCUUUCAUGUAAUCAAACUUGAUCCAGUCCAAGUUCGAGAAAAUAUCUCUUAUGAAGUGUUUCUAGUAAAGAUUGCUGAUCGCCGAGUCAAACAGUUGAUGGGCAAAGAAAUAUCUCUGGUGAAAAUGAUAUGGAGUACAAACGAUGAAGGAGAUGCUACUUGGGAACUUGAGGAUCAAAUGAGGGAAGCUUACCCCCAUCUCUUUCUGAGCUAA